AUGCGGCCGGACCUCGGCCCGCCGCCGAAGCCGCCGGUGCCGCUCGCGCGGACGGAGAAGCUCGCGGCCGGUCUCUUGGAGCUCCUCGCGGCGUUGCUGUCGCACGACGCCAUCAGGGACGACGCGUGUCGCGUCGGCGGGGACGUCGAGGCAGCCAGGGGGUUGCUUCCGUCGGGGAAACACCGUCCGACGUGGACGACGACGAUCGUGCAUCAGGCGCGUUCUAUACACUGGUCCCCAUACGACCCCGUCGGCGUGUUUUUACCCGCGGCGACGUACGAGCGGCCGGCGACGCCGACGCCGCCGGAGGAGGAGGCCGGCGCGGCGGCGGAGGGCGGCGCGGAGGGGGGCGAGGAGGGCGGCGGCGAGGGGGGCGAGGACGCGGCGGCGGCGGCGGCGGCGGAGGGAGGGGAAGAGGAGAAGCCGGGCCCCGCGGCGGACGGGGAAGCGAAGAGAGACGACGACGGCGGCGGCGCGGCGGACGCGGAGGUUUACGACGCCGACGCGAACGACGAUAAGAAGAGCUUCGACACGUGGGACUGGGAGCCGGUCGUCGUCCCCGGGGAUCCCCCCUGGGACGAUCAUCUCGUCUGCGAAGCCGCGCUUCGCGCGCUUGAAAUUUGCGCGCGGCACCCGCGGUGUCGCGCGCAGCUCAACGAGGACGACGGCGCGGGCGUGAAACAGCUGUGCGAGGUUCUGAAGCGCGAGAUGCGCGGGUGCGUGGAGCCGACGCUUCGGAUCAUGCUCCUCCUGAUGGCGCACGCGAGGCAGAAGCGCGAGGAAGGGGGCGGCGGAUGCGGGGGAGAAGAGGAGGAGGAGGAGGAAGCCGCGUCGUCAGUCGGAGAGGGCGAGGAGGCGGAGGACGGGGCGAAACCGGAACCGAAAGCGAAACCGUUCGACGUCCUCGCCGACGCGGACGUCAAGGCGACGCUCAACGGCGUCGGCACCGGCGACCCUGGAUCGGCCGCGUACGACCAGCUUCGACUCACGAAGGCGCUGUCGCUCGUCGCGUAUCCCCUCGAGGAGGUUCUGCCGGACCGCAGACCGCGACCGCCGACGCCGGAUCCGCCGCCGCCGCCGCCGAAGGUGCCGUUGCUCGUGGGGCACAUGAAAGGGACCUUGCGCGUGGCCGUCGGCGCGCACAAGCAGCUCGAAGAAGCGGCGAUCAGGGCGAAGGAGGGUGCCGGGGAGGAGGUGGGACCCGAGGGCGGAGGAGAGGGCGGGGGCGGAGAGGGCGAGGGCGACGCCGCGCCCGGGGAGGACGUCUUGGAGAUCGUCACGGAGAAAUGAUAAAAACCUAACCCUCACCCCGGGGAUCGACCCCUAGCUAGCGCGAAUCAUCACAGAAGAUACAGACAGUUUUAGUUGUUGUUACAAACACUACGCUACAAUU